GAGAGAGUUCUCGCUGUGAAGGGAGAGUCGCGCGCGACCUGACCCGAGAGCGCCUCGCGACGCGCGCGAUUUGCACCGCUCUGUUCCAUCGAACGCGAACGGUGAUAGAUAUUUCAGUAGUUCCGUUUAUUCGCGCGGACCUGUAAGAGAUUCGGUGCGGUUCCGUGAAAAGGACUUCUUCUUCCGCGUUGCCAUCGGCAGCGGAGGAGGAGAGCAGAGAGACGAAUCGCUCUCUCUCAUUCUCUGUUCGCCGACGGCGAAGAAUGAUCCGAAUCGAGAAGGAAGAGGAACGUUGAGGACUCUAUCCGGGGUGAAGAGAACGAUAUAAAAUCGUGCCAGCGGAAAGCGCAGUGAUUUAUACGCCGCGAUCAUAAGUUUCCUCGCGGACGGGAAAGAGGAGAAGAGAGAGAGGGGGGCAGUGCAUGUAGGUGUAUAGUGUGUAUGUACGUACGUGUGCUCUACGUUAUGACCAGUCACGAGUGAGGCUCCCGGUACCUCCGACAUCCAUUCUCGCGGAACCACCACGAACACGUGCCAUUCCGGAAAGAUGAUACGUGACUACCUGAUACUGCUCUCGUGGCUGUGCGCGGUGCAAGGGAAGAUAGGCUAUUUCUGGCAUAUUACCGACAUCCAUUACGACCCGAGGUAUUCCACGCAAGGAAACGCCGCCACCAUGUGCUGGAACACGAGAAACAGCGUCGACGGCGGACGGAUAAGGCUCGACAGGAAACUGGCGGGCGAGUUUGGCGACUAUAGCUGCGACUCGCCUUGGGCCCUCAUCGAAUCGGCGGCGCGGACGAUGAGAUCGAAGCACGGCGAGGGUAUCGAGUUCGUCCUGUGGACGGGUGACGCGCUGACGCGCACCGUUACCCUGACCGGCGAGCAGCGUCUGCAGUGUUUGCGGAAUCUGACCGAUCUGUUGUCCCGCACGUUCAAGGGACAAUUCGUGUUCCCCGCGCUCGGCCACGAGGACAUCGGCGUGAGUUACACGCAGCUCGCGAUUCUUUGGCAGCAAUGGCUACCGCCGGAAGCGCUCGACACCUUCGAGAAGGCCGGCUACUAUACGAUCGAGCAACGCUCGAAAAAGUAUCGGAUCGUCUUCCUUAAUACGAAUUUGUGGCUGAAUCCGCUCGACAGCCGUAUGCAGCACCGCAACACGGCCGAUAACACGCAGGAUCCCUUCGGCCAAUGGUUCUGGUUCCAGUCGGUGCUCGAGAAUGCACGGAAGAAGAAGGAGACGGUGUACAUAGUCGGCCACACACCGCCAGGGAUAGACGACCAUGAAAGCGGUGCCGCGGCGCUCAACGAGAGGCACAACACGAGGUAUCUGCAGAUGGUGCGACUCUACUCCGACAUCAUCCGAGGACAGUUCUUCGGACAUUGGCACUCGGACACGUUUCGCGUCAUCUACAGCGACAUAGGUCUGCCCGUAUCCUGGAUAAUGAUGGCUCCCAGCGUAACGCCCAGCACGGUCGGCGGGCCCAACAACCCGGGUUUGCGACUGUACAAGUUUGAAACUAACACUGGACAGAUUCUGGAUUACACGCAAUACUAUCUUAAUCUGCCUGAAGCAAAUUCAAUCGGCAAAGCGAACUGGGUGAUCGAGUACUCGCUGCUCGACUAUUAUGAGCUGCAGGAGAUAUCGGCGAUCACUCUUCACGAUCUGGCGGAACGAUUUACGCAAUCGAACGAUUACGCCUUCGUCAGGUAUUACGCGGCUAACACGGUCUCGCUGUCGCGCGAGGUGGAGCAAAUCUGGGGCUGCGGCGGCCCCCUCAACGGCGUCUGUGCGCUGCAUCAUUACUGCACCGUGACGAGGCUCAAUCCCGAGUCUUACAGGGAGUGCUAUUCUUCGUACGCUUACGCGCUGGCGUCCACGGGACAUUCGAGCGUGCGCCCCUACCUCGUGCUGCAGCUGCUGGUCCUGCUGAUCUGCGCCAAAGUCCAGAACGACCGGUAGGAUGAGCGUGACGAGAGAAUGCUCGACCACGCGGGCCGCGUCGGCUCGCUCUCUCCACGACGCGCGGUCUUCUCCCUGGUGGUGAGAUCACCGCGGAGUUAAGAAAAAGGGCGCAAGUCUAGCGAUAUCUGGGCGCCCACGGUGUGUCAUCUACUUUGUCUAUGUCUCUGUCGUGUCUCCGUCUUCUCCUUGUCGCGCCACCGAGAUUGUUCAGGCGCGUCGCUCGUUCCGUCGUACUUUCGUGUGUAUAUUCGCCUGCGAGGCUGUAAAAAUCCGAACGGAUAGUAUCGCCGCGGAUGUAAUUACGUUCGAGCAAUGUUUAUCCGAAUAAUUCGUUGUAUAACGAAUCGAGCGACACGGUACGGUCCUCUCCGCUGCUUGCUCGAACCGAAUAUUUACAGCCUUGAGUUAUUCGCGCGAGAAGCAAAAGAGGAAGAAAGGUAAGGGGGAGAAAGAAAGAUCAUUCUUUUCGUCUUCGUUCGCAAGUUUCACGAGCUCUCGAGCGUAAAUCGCGUCUCGCGGCGAUCCGAACAGCCGGUCGACGACUCCCAUCGUGGCAAGGCGCCAGGGUCGGGCGAAUUUUAUCUCGAAUAACGAAUUAAAACUGCCGAAUAAAACUCGGAGAUUUAUUUGUCAGUAACGAGAGAGCUCCAUUCGUGGCUAAAUUUAUUCGACGCGCGCGUUACCGAGGAAUGAAUUUUUAUUUUUAUCCAUCCUAUCUCUCAAAAUUUAUUCGUAUCGGAAUUCAUUUCUUAUCCGCAUGCCGGCAAAACAAAUUCUUCCGCUCGCACGGAAUGAAUAAUUAUUCAUUAAGAAAGGGAGCCCGACUCUGAGUAGAAACGGAUCGGUCGAAUGACCGAAUAUACCCGCGCCUAUAUUCAAAUGUAAUUAAAGUUUUAUGCUGAGGACAUUUAAUCCAAUGUCAAAACUCGGGAACACCGCUCCGAGCAAAGUCGACGACUCGAGAAGGAGGCUGCGUCGAAGCUCUAAUAGCUUAAAGAUUAUAUUCGUACUACCAUUUCGCGAUUGUCGGAACGAUGCAGUAUUUCUUAAUAAAGGACUCAUGGAUUUGUAA